AUGCUUGCUUUGGCGGUUAUAUGGGCGGCCAAAAUUACCAAACUGGAAGAACAGUUUAGUGCCGCCAGUAAUCCUUAUAAGAAACCGAUUUAUUCUCCGGCAUAUCCAUAUUUGGUCAAUGGUCAUACGAACCCUUCGGCCGAUGAACUAAAACGUAUUAUGAUGAUACAUGGUGGUAUUUUUCAUCAUUAUGAGAGAUCGCACACCACUUACAUUAUUGCCUCCAAUUUGCCCGAUGUCAAGGUGCGCAAUAUGAAUACUAGUAUUAUAAGUCCCCAAUGGGUGGUGGACUGUAUAAAAAAAAAAAAGAUUUUAGAUUAUACGAAAUAUUUACUCUAUACAAAUCAAAAAUCCCAACCUAGCAUAAGUUUGGUAAUGAAAAAGGAGGAACCAAAUGUAAGUGUGGCAGCAACUAAUACCAUGGAGGUGGAAGAUCAGUUAAAGAAUAAUUUGAAAUCUAUUAAUAAUGGUUUACAAGAAUUAAAUGCAAAAAUGCGUCAUAGUUUAGCAGCGAAUAGUUCUAUGUCGAAAAAGGAUGUUUCUCUUAAUUCGUCUUUGCGGCAAACUCAUCUAGUGUGGCUUCGUACUGCAGUGGAUCCAAAAUUUCUAAGUGAAUUUUAUAAUAAUUCACGUUUACAUCAUAUAGCUACUCUGGGAGCAGGCUUUAAAGCAGUAUGUUAGCGAUUUAAGGGAACAGCAUGGUGGAAAUGGUUUUCUGCUCGUUUAGAGUUAAAGAAACGUUUACAAAUGAAUAACGUUGCUGAAUAGAGCCUUUUAAAUUGUCCCGGCCAAAAAUCUUGUGUCAUGCAUAUUGAUAUGGAUUGUUUUUUCGUUUGUGGUUUACGCACACAUCCCCACUUAAAGGGACAACCGGUGGCGGUAACACACUCUAAAGGGUGGUCCUCGGCCACUGAAGUACCAGUCCACCAUGCUGAUCGCAAAACCGAAAUGGAGUUAUUUGCCAAACGUUUUGAGCAGCAUCUGCACAAUAACAUACUUUCGGACAAAGUACGUGGUGGCUUUGAAAACAAAAUGUCACUAUCUGAAAUAGCCUCUGCCUCAUAUGAAGCACGAGCCAAAGGUAUACGCAAUGGCAUGUUUGUGGGUCAAGCUUUGAAACUAUGCCCGGAACAAACCAUACAAUAUGAUUUUGAAGGCUAUCGAGAAGUAGCCUUUACUCUAUACAAUACCAUAGCCCAGUAUACUUUAAAUAUAGAGGCUGUCAGUUGUGAUGAAAUGUGUGAUUUAACGGAAGUUUUAGAUGAACUUAAGGAUGUAAUGGAUUUUGUAAAGGCCAUACGAGAAGAAGUUAGAGAUAAAACCCAGUGUCCCUGUUCGGCAGGCGUAGGAGCCAAUAAAUUACAGGCUAGAAUGGCCACCAAAAAGGCCAAACCCGAUGGUCAAUAUUAUUUACAAUGUGAAAAUGUGGAGGCCUAUAUGGCGGAAAUACCCACAGAUUUACCGGGAGUAGGCAGUAGUACGGCCUAUACCUUAAAAGAGGCUCAAAUGAUUACGUGCGGUGAUUUGCAGAAAGUUUCCCUGGCUCGUGUGCAAAUGUUGGUGGGUAAAAAAUUUGGUGAAACUUUAUAUCAAUUUUGUCGCGGCAUAGAUCAAAGAGGUUUAACUUAUGGCCAAAUACGUAAAUCUGUUUCGGCAGAAGUAAAUUAUGGCAUACGUUUCAAAACCUAUGACGAAUUGGAAACUUUUCUCAAGCAGUUAUGUGCCGAAGUACACAAUCGUUUGAAUGAUAUUAAAAGAAAAACCAAAUGUGUUACUCUAAAACUAAUGGUUAGAGCUAAAGAAGCACCAGUGGAGACUUCAAAAUUUAUGGGUCAUGGUGUGUGUGAUCACAUUACCAAAUCAGUGUCCCUUUCAGAGUUUACUAAUGAUUUGGAGACAAUUACUAGGUGUAUAUUGACUACUAUGAAAGCUUUAAAUUUACCGCCUCACGAGCUAAGAGGCAUUGGUAUACAAUUAUCUAAAUUAGAUGAUCCCACGGAACAGCAGGAGAAGCCCAAAGAGAAUAUUAUAAAGAAUAUGUUUUCCAAAGUAAAAGAAAAGCAGAAAGAAGCUAAAGCACAGGACAACAAAACAGAAAAUAAGGAAAUUAAGGAAACAACAAAUGAAAGUAAAAAUUUGGUCAUAGGGCCAGAGAUUAAUAAAAGUCCCGAAACUAAAAAAAGUCCGGAGCCUAAAAAACAUACUGCAGCUACAAAAAGAGGACGUCCCAAAGCUGCUGGCAGCAAUAAGGAGUCCAAAAGUAAACCCAAUAUAAUGGGUAUGUUACAAAAUGCAGCAGCUAAACAGCUAAAACAAAAUACAAAUGUUCAAGAACAAUCAAUACCAGAGGAUGUGGAUCCAGAAGUAUUUAAUGCCUUACCUUUAGAUAUAAGAGAAGAAAUACUAAGAGAAAGAAGAAAAGCCCCCCUUAUAACUAACAAAAAUGCUUCAGAUAAACCAGCACCAGCAAAAAGUACAAAUAAUAAUCAAAGUUUACUUAAUGAAAGUGAUUUUUUACCCUCUACUUCUAAGGCGGCACAACAAAAACGUGAGCAGAAGUUACAACAGAAAAAUCAGCAAAAUUCGGCAACAAAUCAUACCGAACCUAUGGAAGUAGAUCCAGAGUUCUUGGCUGCUCUACCGCCGGAGCUAAGGCAAGAAAUUGAACAACAACUUAAAGCACAAAAACAAAAUUCAGAACAUGAACAAAGUUACAGACCCAUAACGCCACCGAAAAUAAGUGGCUCUGAAGCAAACAUUAAAAAGAAAACUUCCCAAGCAUCGAUUAAAAUAAGUUCUGAUAAUAUUUUCACUCAAAGCAAUUGUAUUGAAUUACUUCUAUCUUGGCUGCAAAGUUGUGAUGUACCUGAAAAUUAUGAUGUUGAUUUAAUGUGUUCCAAUGCCCGAGAAUUGGUAAGAGCUAAAGAAUUGGAUAAAUUAUAUGAAUCUCUGGUGUAUUUGGGACGUGUGAUAAGACAACAGAAAGAUACGGAAAACGAUUGUCCUUGGCACUUGGCAUUUAAGAUGAUUUUAGAAGCAGUACAAAUGGAAAUGCUGCAGGUCUAUGAUGGCAGGAAGUUGUUUUUGCCGGUGAAAUUGAAAUGUGAUAAAUGUAAAAUUUGAAAAAUCAAAAGUAACUUAAGUUUUUUUUUAUUGGCAAAUAAAAGAGUUUUAUAUUAAAGUGGUCAAGGUAUUCAGAAAGCUUGAUGUUUCAACCAGCGAAUUACAAUUUGAGACUGAACUAGAAGCGAACUAA